AUAAUUGUGCCUUUCCUAAUCUGGGUGAAAAGGACAGAGGACUAAGCACAUGGAUUGGAAGUUAGAAGGGAGCGCUCAGAAAACAGAGUCACACGUGCUGCAGGAGCAAGAAGUCACCCUAGAGGACACAGGUGAAGAUGGCAUCUCUGAAAGCUUCCAGCUUCUACAGAUUGACGUGGAAUGUGAGCAUCGAGAGGAGAUGACUACAAGCAAUGCAGUGUGGCGCUCGAAAAAUGUCCAAAGAAAACAGAGACACUGGGAAAAGAUAGUUGCAGCAAAGAAGAGUAAAAGAAGACAAGAGAAAGAAAGAAGAAAAGCCAACCGUGUAGAAAAUUCAGGCAUCUACCCCCAGCACAGCAAACGUUUUCUGAGAUCCUUAACCAAGGAAAGACUUUUGGAAGCCAAACACUCAGGACCAAGACUCUGUAUCGAUUUGAGUAUGACCCACCACAUGUCUAAGAAGGAAUUAAGUAGACUGGCUGGACAGAUCCGAAGGUUGUAUGGCUCAAAUAAAAAAGCUGACAGGCCAUUUUGGAUCUGCCUCACUGGAUUCACCACAGACAGUCCCCUGUAUGAAGAGUGUUUGAGGAUGAAUGAUGGAUUUUCUAGUUAUCUGCUAGACAUAACAGAAGAAGACUGCUUUAGUUUAUUUCCUCUGGAAACCCUUGUGUACCUGACUCCUGACUCAGAACAUGCUCUUGAAGAUGUUGAUCUAAACAAAGUUUACAUCCUUGGUGGACUUGUGGACGAAAGCAUUCAGAAGAAGGUGACAUUUCAAAAGGCCCAAGAACACUCUGUCAAGACUGCUCGCUUACCAAUCCAGGAAUACAUGGUCAGACGCCAGAAUGGGAAAAACUAUCAUUCAGAGAUACUGGCCAUCAAUCAAGUGUUUGAUAUCCUGUCCACUUACUUUGAGACUCAAAACUGGCCUGAAGCAUUGAAGAAAGGAGUUUCUUCCAGAAAAGGCUAUAUUCUUCAGAACUCAGUGGAAUGAUGGACAGCCUAAGAUUGCAGCUGCAGGAGGUUAAGUUGCUGGAGUUGCCUUGACCAAAGAACAGAUCAGAGGAUGGUCGUGGUACUCGUUUGCCUUUACUUGACAUCUUGACUCUUCACUGGGAUAGGAGUUACUAACAGGGACCAUAUUUUAUGCUCUUUUGUAUCUCCCCUAGUGCCUGGCUCACAGGAAGUGCCCAGAUAUAUGUUGACUGACUAAAAAGUUUACAUAAUAAUGAAUUAGCCCUAA